AUGUUACAGCCACUCCUGCGACGGCCGCAGAGCAGUCUGCGCGCCGCUGCUUCCAUUGCCAAUGGAUUCCGCUCCGGACUGCAGCAUCGCAGCCUCCAUUUGAUGCCUCAGUUGAGACAUGAGAGUCUAUACGCGGACCAGGGAAUUCCCGGGUUCAUGUCGCCGGAUACGUUCAGGAUUUCGUGGCGAGAGUACCAGGCGUACUUGAUCUACAAACUGAAUUUAUUAACUGAAGAUUCCACCUUUGCACAAAUGGACACCGUCAGCCUCGUGAAAACCUACGCCAAAGACCGAAAGAUGGCUCCCAUCUUCAAUUACGCCUCAAUGGCUCACAACAACCACUUUUUCUUCAACGGUCUUUCCCCUGAACACGUUCCAAUCCCCAACAAGCUGGCGCAUGAUAUGGUUGAAAGCGGAUCGUCUCCCGAGUCCAUGAAACAAGACUUCCUGGCUGCUGCGAGUGCUCAAUUUGGCGGCGGCUUCGUCUGGCUCGUUUCCCAGAACCCGACUGGUCUGCUCAAGAUCAUGUGCACCUACAGUGCCGGCACCCCGUACUCGGAAGCCUUUGCCCGCCAACAGCCUGUUGACACGAACACUGAGCCGGCUAAAAAAGCUGGCGGUUGGUACGACCCGGCUUCCUUUUCUGACCGAGGAGGACCUGUGAAUAUCGCUCCGGGAGGAAUACAAGUUACACCACUGCUCUGUGUCAACACGUGGGAGCAUGCUUGGCUCUACGAUUACGGAUUCGGUGGUCAGUACGGUGGUGGCAAGGAUGAAUAUCUGGAGCGGUGGUGGGAUAGGGUUAAUUGGAAUGUGGUCGAAAACGCCCACAAAGAAUCUCCGGGAUACAGCGGACGUCUGAACUCGAGGACUUUGUGA